AUGUCGUUCUUUGAUGACACUGCUGCAGACGCUCCGGUCAGGGAUGUACCUCUGAAUGUCCCCCGACUCACUCUAGAUACUUCUGGAGCAGCGAAUGCCCGAGUGCGUCAGGACGUACUGCGGAUGUCCCGGGAGGAGCUGGAGGACAAGUUUCUUAGGCUCAAUGAUGAAAACCUCAACCUCAAACAGCACAUCAACAAACAGGAUGACAAGAUCAAGAGACUGGCCACAAAGUUGAUGCGCUUGGUGAAGGACCGCAGUCGCCUGGAGCAGCUGGCCUCUGGAGCAGCAACUCAGCCCGGCCCCAGAGGGAGGGACGUGGGGAUGGAGGAGCUUAUCGAGGACCUCCAGGACAACAUCCGGAGUCUGCACAGCGAGAACGAGGGACUCAAACAGCGCCUCAGAGUGGCCAAGCAGCAAAUCAUACACCAACAGAGCAGAGGGACCACCCCAUACAGCCACAUCCACUCACGCAUCAACUCUGGGAUAAAGAAGCUCAGGGACAUGCCCUCCCCCUCUCCUGUGAGACCCAAAAGUGCGAGGAGUUCAGAGGAAGCAGGCAGACCCCCGACCGGUCAGCUGCCCCGGUACGGGCACAGCUUACUGGAGGAGGCCAGGGCCGAGAUACGCAACCUAGAGAAUGUGAUCGAGUCCCAGAGGAGCCACAUGGAGGCGCUGGAGGGAGAUGCUCAGCUGCUCCGAGACGAACUGAAGAAGAAGGAGACAGAGUUUGAGCAGAGACUUUUGGACGCACGGCAACAUCAGACCUCCAACCUCCGGACACAUGUGAACAGCAACGUGAACAUGAUCAAACUGCAAAAACAACUGGCUGAACGCUCCAACGCCAUCACCCAGCUGGAGGGGAGGUUUCUACAGCUACAAGAGAGCCAGCAGAGGCUGAAGGCGAGUCACGACUCUGCUCUGUCCAAUGUGGACUCUCUGAAUGUGGAGCUGAAGGAGGAGCGCCUCCGCAGCCUGGAGCUGGAAAAGCAGCUACAGAGCUCCACCGUGUCCAGCAAAGCACUACAUCAGCUUCAGGAGCAAAUCUCUGAACUCGAGCAGGAGAGGGACCUUCUGAAGGAGAACAACAACAAACUUCUCAACAGUGCCUUUGACGUGUCACAGCAGCAGAAGUGGCAGCUUCAGGAGCAGAAGUUGAAGCUGCAGAUUUCACAGUUAGAGACAGCCCUUCAGGCUGACCUCGUGGACAAGAACGAGAUCCUGGACAAGGUCAAGGCUGAGAGAGAAACCAAUGAGAAGUUGACAGAAGAGAAUAAAAAACUGCACAUUCAGUUUUUGGAGCAGAAGCAGCAGCUGGAGGAGAUGAAAGAACAAUUAAAAGUUUAUAGCAAAGAUAGCGACUAUGAUGUCUCUGAACUGACAGAGGCUCUCCUGCUUGUCAAAAAGCGUAAGUCCCAGAAGUGCGGGGAGCUGGCUUUUCUCGAGGUCGUCAGAGAUGAGGUAAAUGUGGACAAUGAGGUUAGGGAGCUGAGAGCAGCUCACGCGGAAACCAUCCAGGAACUGGAGAAGACCAGAAGCCUUCUGAGUGUGGAGAGCCGCAUCUGCAAAGGAUACAAGGAAGAGCUGGACACUGUGUCAUUGAAGCUGAAAAGUGAGCGCAUGGAGCUGGACCAGAGACUGGAGACUCAGGCCAAACUCCUGGACUCAAGAGCCGCCAGGAUCAAGAAACUAGAAGCUCAGCUUAAAGACAUUGCUUACGGCACCAAAGCUUACGUUUUCAAACCCGACGUGACCGAUGAGGAGGAGACAGAUGAGUUUAACGAGAGCCUCCAUCUUGAACGCGGGGAGAAUGUUUUGGAGCUUCAGAUCAGCAGUGUGUCCCUGUCUCCCUCCGCUCUCCAGUCACUCUCUGACCCAGAGCCCUACACCUUUUGCACCUACCUCGUCCAUCUGUAUGACUUCCACUCCACCCCUGUUGUGAGCGGUCGAUGCCCACAGUAUGGCUUCACCUCUCGGUACGUGGUGCGGAUGGACCAGGCGUUUCUGGACUAUUUGAGCCGGAGCACGGUAACUGUGGAGCUGCACCAGGCUCUGGGACUGGACUGGAGGACUCUGGCUUCAGGGCAGAUACGACUGCAGCCUCUGAUGGAGCAGGAGGGGAAAAUAUACGGGACCAUUCCUCUCAUUGGUACAUCUGAGGAAGCGCGCUCCUUCGGCUCUCUGGAUUACUGGUUCAGGCUCCGGAUCCCCAUGACACAGACUUUGCUCUUGUAUAAAGAGAAGCUGCGGGCUGUGGACUACGUCAGUUCCAGCUCAAAACAACAAGAGAUACAGCUACCCCUCUCAGGCGACUGGAAUGAGCUCUGUGUCACGGUUCAAAGCUGCAGUGACCUCAGGUGCAGAAUUUCCUCCCCUCCCAGCCCGUACGUGGUCUACCGCUUCUACGACUCCCCAGACUACCCCUCAGACACUGUCCCUGACUCCACCCACCCACAGUUUAACGACUCCAAACUCUACUCUGUACACAUGGACCAGAGCCUGCACCGGUACCUCUGCUCUGAAGACAUGCAGUUCUAUGUGUUUGACUACAAAGAGGAACAGAUGGAUGUGUACCUGGGCAAAGCCAAGGUUCCACUCACUUCACUGGCCCAGGACAAAGCCAUCACUGGAAUCUUUGAGCUUAGGGACCAGUCCGGACUCCCUGCGGGGCACAUCCAGCUCUCUCUGAAGUGGAUGCUCUCGUACCUGCCUCCUCCAGGGUCAGAGGUCACGGUGGAGGAGCCCAAAUUCAUCACUAAACCCACAGCGAGUAUGGAGGAAACGGAGAAACAGGAGAAACUGAAACAGGAGCAGCCGAUACCACCAGAACUGCCACAGACAGAGCCCAGUGCUAAAGAGGAACCAAAGCCUGAGAGCAGAGGGGGUCCUAGUGCUCCCAUGGCCCAUCCAAAAGUGGGGCCAACCAAGGCUCCACUGCCAAAGCUGAGACAGAGGACGCUGCUGAAGGAGGGGCUGGCCACUAAAAAGGUCACAUUUGUGGAGGCAUCGGAAACAGAGACACAGCCUGUCCCUGAGGUGCUGCCCCCUGCUGGUGACGAGGAGGAGUCGUCGUCUCAUUUCUCUGACGGACAGAUCCUGGCCUCCAGCUCUCAGUCUGAUGACUCAGACCAGAUCUCAGACCAUAUGGAGGAUGUUCAGGAUGUCCGAAAAGAGGAUCAGAGUCAAUCUACCGACAGUGAUGACUGCAUUGUACAAGCGCUGGCCACAGGGAGGAAGGCGUUGGAUCGUCUCCGUGUGGAGGUCGUGUCUCUGUCUCUGCUCCCUGACUCCCGAGUUUCCCAGGAUGCAUCAGUGGUGCGACUUUAUGUGGAGUACUCACUGCUGGAUGUACCCACAGAGGAGACCCCAGUGUCACUGCCCAAACCCCUCCCAGGCCACAGCAUCAACUUCAACUACAGCAAAGUGAUCCCAGUCGACGCAGAGAACCACAGUGAGAGGAGGCACCUGCUCAGGAGCGCCCUCCAGGGGAAGAGCCCUGACAUGGAAAUGAUCCAGUUCACUGUUGUGAGUGAGCCUCUAGAGGAGGAGCAGCAGGACAGGGAGUGUGAGGAGGUGGGCGUGGCUUUUCUACAGAUCCCAGAAAUCCUUCAGAAGCAACGUGACCUGACCGAAUCGCCGCUGAACGUGUUGGAUGCAGAGGACCAGAGCGAGGUGAUCGGGGUUCUCACUGUGUCUGUGGAGGGACUGGCCGCGCUGCAGUCCAUCAUGGAGGAUGCACAAAUCGACUUAUAA